ACACUUCAAACUGCGGAUCUUUCGGUCAACUGGUUAUCGAGUGGUAUGAGAGUCUUUCGGACCGUAGUUGCAUAUAGUAUUAAAGUUGCAGUACUAUCAAACCAGCGUUGAACGAGGUCCUUGCUAGUAGUCAAUGAAGUAAGUGGUAUAUUUUUGCCUACUGCAAUGCAAACAAGCUGGAACAAGAUCGAAACAAACUAUUAUUAAUAGAUAAUUUGCAAUAUAAAUCGUUGUGAUACCAAGUAUACAGUUGAACGAAACGCUGCAUCUCAUCUGAACUCGAAGUCUUAACGACUUGCGAGAUGAAAUGAGGUAUAUAAUAAAUUGCUUCAAAGUUUAUUUAUACUCGGUAAUAAUUUUUUUUUUGUCACAGGUUCCCGUGGUCACAUAUUGUUCCUGGAAAUCCCAUUCUUCUCAGUGGCGUAUUCUUGGAGCAGAACUCAGUCAUUGUGUCAAGAUGGACAGGAUAUCGGCCUUACUGAACUCAGAGCCCUGCCCACCGGAGUAUGAAAAGUUUCUAAGCAAAGGCGGUAAGAGGCUUCACCCCGUUGAAUUGAGACAAGUGCUCUUGAAAGAUUUAGAAAGGGAAAAGGCGGGGAAACGGUUGAUAUCCAUGUCCAAUGGGCUUCCCAACGUGGACGGCUUUCCUAUUGUGGGGACGGACAUCCAUCUGAGGGAUGGUUCAGUAUUACACAUUGGUGAGGAACAAAUGAAUACAGCUUCCAACUAUGGACUAUCAGAGGGGUACACCCCACUUCGUGAGUGGUUGCUCGAGCUUCAUAAACAAGAGCACAAGCCCCCUCAGCUUACCAGACCCAACCACCCUGAGGAUUUCCACCUGGUUAUGACGGCUGGGGCCUUUGAAGGACUUCGACACGAAAACACAACCAAGGAGAAUCAAUGUGGAUUAGGAACUUGA